AUUUCUAUCUAUACUUGACUCAUAUUCUUUGAACUUGAAUUCUAGGAUGCUAGCAUGCCACAUUUCACAAAACUAUAGCAGCGGUCAAGCUAUUUUUAUAUUAGUCUCACACUCUCCCUCCCACUAACCAGCUGCACCCCUUUUCUUGGCACAGAAACAUCGACCAGGCCUCACCAUCAGCGCUGAGAGAAAGAGAUGAAAAACGGUCUCUUUGGACAAAGUUUGAGGAGGCAACACUUUCAGUUUGUUUCAGUAACAACAUGCAGGAGAAUCGUGUGUCUCGUUGGUAUUUUGGUGGAGUCUCAUCGAGUGCAGCUGCCUGCUUAACGCACCCACUGGAUUUGAUUAAGGUGCACUUGCAGACACAGCAGGAGGUGAGGGUGAGGAUGAUUGGGAUGACUGUGAACGUAGUGAGAAGAGAGGGUUAUCUUGCUCUCUAUAGUGGCCUCAGCGCUUCCCUCUGCCGACAGAUGACAUAUUCUCUCUCCCGGUUUGCCAUUUAUGAGACAGUCAGGGACAGAAUAAAUAGGAAAAACAAAGGUCCCAUGCCUUUCUAUCAGAAAGUCCUACUUGGUGCCUUUGGAGGGUUUGCAGGAGGUUUUGUUGGGACCCCAGCUGACUUGGUGAAUGUCCGGAUGCAGAAUGAUGUCAAGCUGCCUGCAGAAUUCAGGAGGAAUUAUGCUCAUGUACUUGAUGGACUGCUACGUGUUUGGAGGGAAGAGGGAGUCAAGAAACUGUUCUCUGGUGCUACAAUGGCUUCUACUAGAGGUGCACUGGUCUCUGUUGGACAGUUGUCCUGUUAUGACCAGUCCAAACAGCUGGUUCUGGCUACUGGUUACCUCACUGAUAACAUCCUCACUCACUUCCUGGCCAGUGUGUUUGCAGGUGGAUGUGCCACAAUCCUGUGCCAGCCACUUGAUGUUGUCAAAACAAGAUUAAUGAACUCAAAGUUGGAAUACAGAAGUGUAUUUCACUGUCUAACAGAAACAGCAAAGCUUGGUCCUAAGGCAUUCUACAAGGGUCUUGUUCCCGCAGGCAUUCGGCUCAUACCUCACACAGUCCUCACCUUUAUAUUUCUCGAGCAGCUGAAGCAGCAUUUUGGCAAAGUGGUCAUCACCUGAAGGACGUUGGAGGAAGGUUGUAUUUGUUUAGCCAUGGCUACUGUGAGAUCUUCAUGGCACAUUCUGUCCUUGUUAAGCAAACUUUUUCUGGAUCAAAUGGAGUCAGGAGAAAAUGUCUUAUAUAUAUUACAUUGUCUUCAUCCAUAUAAAAAAAAAAAAAUGAAAGCAACUUAAGCAUAAAUAUUCAAAUAUUUUCCAGAUAAGGAACAGGAAUUCAGCUAAAAUGUCUUGUAUAUAUGUUCUAUCUUUCAAGGGAUUAAAAAAAGAUCCCUUGAUUUAUUUAUAUUCACCACUGUGAUGCCUAACUUGUCAUGAAUUGUGCAACUGUAAAUGUGACCCAAGGGAUGAUAAAUCAAAAUAAGGUUAAUAAACCAGAAAUACAUGAAAAUGGAAACUGUCUUUUCAAAUAAUUUCAGUUCAUAAGUUACAUGUCAGCUUCUUAAGAUGGCUUUACUCCUUUGGAAAAUAGUAAGCUGCUUGUUAAUAAUUUCUCUUACUUCACUUUCUGUGUGAGCAGAGUUUUGCUUGCACACAUUAAACAUCCUGUCAGGUCUCCUCUCUUAAAGCAGGAAUAAAAACUGAGCAGGUUCAGCUGGUGCAGAGUAAAGGUUU